CGAAGCAGAAGUCAGCAUGAAAUACAUUUUGUGGGAAAUAUAUACACGUUUGCAAUUUGUUUAAUAAGCUGAAAUAUUAACAGAUUGGUCAACCUAGAACAGUGAAGAAUAAAUUGUUUAACUUUCUUAUUUAAUAUUUAAAUCAAAGUGUGUUACUCCGACAUUGUAUGUGUGUUUCGUGCAUUAUAUUUUAUCUGAAAUUGUAUAAGAAAAAUUAAUUACAAUGGAUAUACCAUUAUCGAUGUUGUUGUUGCUCAGCCUUGUAUUUACCGUCAUUGGAGGUGUUUUAGUUCUUUUGUUGCAAUAUUACCUAUAUUUACGAUUUUCUGUACUUCCUGAAGAGAGUGCGGAACAAAAGGAUAUCAACACGAAAUACUCGCUGCCAACGACAAUUCAGCAAACUGCACAUGCCAUAAAUCUAUCGCCGCCUGCAUCGUCGGUGCCCGGACACACGCAUACUGUAGGUGCUGCCGAAGCAGCACCAUUAAUGUCAAUUAACUUUGUGAUGCAAUUCCUUUUCCAUGAACUGAAAAACUCCAGUCGCGUGCGGAAAUGGUUCUACCGCAAAUUGUCGUUAGAGCUUGAUGAACUAUUGGCAAAAACUACAACCGGCAAAUUGUUUGAUAAGCUGACGAUAAAAGAACUGGAGCUUGGUGAUCAAUUUCCUGAGAUUAGAACAUUACGCGUACACAGCAUUGAACUGAACGAUACCGGUGAUCGUAUUGAGAAUCUCGACAUAUUACUUGAAAUUCAUUAUACAGGAAAUUUUCGAACAUCCAUCGAUGCCGAUAUGGUACUAGGUAAAAAGGGAUCUCUCACCUUAAUCGUAAAACAAUUGUCUGGCUUGGCGCGACUACAAUUUACUCGUGAGCCAUACACGCACUGGUCGCUAAGCUUUCUGGGUGAUCCAGAACUUGACUUGGCGAUCGAAUCCAAAUAUCAGGGUCGUCAAAUGCAAUCGAACAUCACCAGUCUGAUAUCUAACCAAAUACGGAAAGCAGUGCGACGCAAGCACACGCUUCCAAAUUAUAAACUACGUUACAAGCCAUUUUUCCACAAAACACCAGAGGAAGAUGCUGAUGGAGAUAUACAACCAAACGGUACCAUGGAGGUCAGAGUGUCCGAAAUAUCGCGACUAAUGUGUCCGGAUAUUGUAACAGAGGUCUACUGUACAUUGACUUUAGCCUCGCUCGCAUUUGUCGAGAUACGUCAGAAAGAUAACCGCAAUGUAAUAGUUUUGAUUGACAUUGAAAUACACAAGGCGAAGAAUCAACAGAUCGGCAUACUAUUUAAGCAGAAUACUGAGCAAUGCGUGGAAAUUGAAGCAGUUUUGCCCAACACUCCCGCCUGCAAAUCCGACCUACGUUCAGGUGACAUGUUAAUUGCAAUUGAAGGCAAACGAGUGCAGUCUAUCCAACAAGUCGCGAAGAUAUUCAAAAGUUUGCAAACUAAAGCCUACCGCUUACGUAUUGAGCGUGUUAUUCCCGGUAUCAUAAGAAAUGAUGCAAUUUUGGAGGAUCUCGAAUUAUAUGAAGAUUUGGGAGAUGCCCAUACAGGCUAUAGUGUGUGCAAGACUCCAACUGAGACCAAUGAGUUGGUCGGUAGACAAGCAUCUAUCCGCCAAAGCACAGGUGACAAAGGUUCUUCCAGCGAGUCUAGUCUUGGUAAUACUCCAACUAAUUCACCAAAGAAAAGUAAGCUUAUAACGAAGGCAUUGAAAAAGACCAUCAGUCGUGAGGUCAAUGAGCAUAACAAGGAAAAGGAUGAAGAACUUAAGAACUUGAAAGGCAAACAGUCAUUAAAAACGGAGGAUAAGACGAAGGGUUCGCCAAAGGUUCUGAUUGACACCGUAGGUGAAGUGGAGCAUUAUUAUCAGCACUCAACCAUAGAUCGCAGCAUAAAUCGUCUCAUACAUAUGGAUGAUUUGAGCUGCUUCAAAUUGGAAGCUAAGUCGCGUUAUCUGAAUGUGGGCGUGUAUUCAAAAAGUGCUGGCGACGGCAUAUUGUUGGGCUUUGUAAACAUACCAGUGGGUCAGAUUUUAGCUGAGUGUUCCGAAACAAGUUUGCUGCAGUGCUGGAAGAAAUAUGAACUAAGUCCACCAAUCCCACAAGAUUUGAAGACGCAUAAGCUUUCCAGCCAAUCUGGUUUUAUACCUGAUUUGUGUUUUGGCGAUGUGCUUUUGGCUUUUACCUGGGAAGGUAACCCAAAUCUACAACCCAGCGAGCCACCAACCAAACAAGUUUCCAAGUCCAAGAGCAAAAAUAACGCUGACGAAAAAGUUGAUAACGAUAGUGGUGUUUUUGAGACAAAUUCGUUGCGGACCACGCCAAGUUCCAGUGCACUUACAUCGACUAACCAAACAACUUCGAAUCAGUUGCGUUCGCACAGCUUUGUGCGCACCCAUUUUCAACGUGCAACUCAGUGCGAUUUCUGUGGCAAAAAAAUUUGGCUGAAAGAUGCGGUCCAAUGCAGUGAGUGCGCCAUGUGUUGCCACAAGAAAUGUAUAACGAAAUGCCAGAAUGCGACAGUUUGUGGUCCCGUUGAUUGCUCCAAUGUGCUGCGACAACCGUCCAUCACUAGCACAACUCCAGAGUUCACUGUUACCGAUGCAGACACUUGCGACGCUUCUGAAGGUGAAGAGGCCAUGCCAUCAAUAUCAGGCGAAGAGACGGCAGAAGCCGUUUCCAUUAAAGCACCACCAACGCCAGUGCUCGAGGUUCAUCGUUCAAGUCUGACAGGUCUAUUAGCACAAGGAAUAAAGCGUGUUAAUUCGGCGAAUAAUCUCGCUAUACCUGGCAUUGUGUCUUCAUUGGCUGGUAGCGGUGGUGGUGGAUCCAGCGUUAAUUUAGCCACUUUGACGAAGAGCUUGCCGCCCAGUCCACAAAGAUCGCCAUCUCGCAAAUCCUCGCUGGUUUGUAGUCCUUUUACUACUUUCGAUGUAGUUACAAAACGUUUGGAAGCUAUACCAUCAGAAGUAACAGCUUUGAGCAUCGAACAGAUUAGUUCAAUUAGUGAGCCAAUAAUCGGCAUCCUUAAAGAUGAAGAUGUCAUGACUUUAGCUAAAAAUGCCAGCAAGAAUCUUUACGGUGAAUUGGCAGCUUCUGAACGCAUUGAACAAAUCAACUCGCUGCUUAGCAAACUACGUUUGGCUUUAGACAGCGAAACGGCUCUUUAUUCUAGCUUGGCAUCUGGCGACACAUCGAACAGGGAUAACAUUGAUGCUAGUAGUGCAACACUGGGAAAGUCGGAGGACCGUGUGCAAGCGCUCAGUGUAAUUAUGCUAUAUCUGUGUACUGGACUGCAACAUGCCCAGGGUUUCGAACUACGUUGAAAGUAAUCAAAAUUUUACAAAAUUAAAAUAGAAUUAGAAUAAGUGUAGACAAUUUUUGGGAACUCAUAGAAAUGUUGAUCUGAAGGCUGAAUAGUGGAAUUUUAAUGUAGCGCUAAAAUAUAAUGCCCCAAUUAAAUUUUUUGACAGUUUGAAAAUAGCAAAAUAUAUGGAUAUAUGCAUGUAUAUAUUUUAUGUCUGUUCAAGAACGUCUUUCAACGCAUAUUCUACCUAAAUGUCACGUUCGUGGACAUGUAACGCAGAUUGAAAGGUCUACCCGUUUUUUAUGAGCAAAAUGUUGUUUAAAUAUCAAGAAAAUUUUUAAUAUACAUAUACAAAUAGAUCUUGGCUAGAAUGUCUGUACUCACUUGAAUAUACAUACGUAUGUAGUCGCAAUUAUUGUAUGUUGAAGCUGCUUUAUUCUAAUGCAACAUAACUUAAGUCUGCUUUUUAUAUAUUAUCUUACACUUUCUUUUCAUAUGCGACCCUUUUACUGAUCCACCCCAUACAAGUGUUAAUAUUAACUAUCCAAUUCAUUGGAUCACAUCUAUCAAACGC